GCAACGCAACGCAGGCGAAGUGAAUUUGAAUCGCGCGUGGCCGCGCGCGCAAUUCGCUUCCGACCAAUAAAACUUCCUCCAGGGGGUGGAGGGGUGGAGGGGGGCGACCCGCGUCCCUCUGGUCGAUACAAAGCGGGAGGGGAAAGUGCCACGAGGGCCACUUGUGCAGUUGCGCGCCUCGCUCAAGUGCAGCUUUUUUUGGUUCAUCAUCCAGCCACGAACCCCUCCCCACCACCACCACCACCAACCCAGGCAGCAAUCCAUCCGCCGUGCAAUACACCAGCGUCUUGCUGGAGCUGUUGACACAUCAGUCACGGGACGCAUCAGCGGCAGCAGGAGCGCAGGCUACACACACAAACACAGAGAGAGAGAGACAAGGCUCGCGUCAUCCACAGGCCAGUCUCAAUUAUUUUGUCACCGGCCACAAUUUGUAAAGACCGCCGAGGUCCGUAGUUUGGUUGCUGCUGCUGCCGUUGUUGUUGUGGUCGUAGUUUCGCUGCGACGAGAUGGCAGCUGUUUACGGCACCAGCAUGCGCACCAAGUUGCCGCUCGUGGGGUUCAUCCUGCAAGUGUCGAUGAUCAUCCUGUACGGCGUGUUCGUGCGCUACGACAAGGACAGCGACGCCAAGUACGAGACGAACACCACGGACCACGGGGAGAAUGAAUUUUACUUCCGAUACCCCAGCUUCCAGGACGUGCACGUGAUGGUCUUCGUCGGCUUCGGCUUCCUCAUGACGUUCCUGCAGCGCUACGGCUACAGCAGCGUGGGCUUCAACUUCAUGAUCGCCGGCUUCGGCAUCCAGUGGGCCAUCCUGGUGCAGGGCUGGGUGCAGCACUUUGACUCCAACACCGGCACCAUCAAGGUCAACCUGGAGAGCAUGAUCAACGCGGACUUCUGCAGCGCCUCCGUGCUCAUCUCCUUCGGCGCCGUGCUGGGCAAGACCAGCCCUGUGCAGCUGCUCAUCAUGACCGUGAUCGAGGAGCUCAUCUUCAGCGUCAACGAGUUCGUGGGCAUCUACAUCCUGCGGGUGAAAGACGCCGGCGGCUCGAUGAUAAUCCACAUCUUUGGCGCUUACUUCGGGCUCACGGUGACACGAAUGCUCUACAGGAAGGGCCUUGAGGAAGGCCACCCCAAGGAGGGUGCCGUGUACCACUCUGACCUCUUCGCCAUGAUCGGAACCCUCUUCCUGUGGAUGUUCUGGCCGAGCUUCAACUCGGCCAUCGCUCUGCACGGGGACGACCAGAUGAGGGCCGUCAUGCACACCUACUUCUCCCUGGCCUCCUGCGUGCUCACCACCAUCGUCAUCUCCAGCCUCCUGGACAACCACGGCAAGCUCGACAUGGUUCACAUCCAGAACGCGUCGCUGGCUGGCGGCGUGGCGGUGGGCACGUGCGGCGACAUGAUGCUCAGCCCGUACGGCGCCCUCAUCCUGGGAUUUAUCGCCGCCAUCAUCUCCACCUUCGGCUUCAAGUACCUGACGCCCAUCCUGGCCUCCAAGCUGAAAAUCCAGGACACCUGCGGGGUGCACAAUCUGCACGGCCUGCCGGGCAUCGUCGCCGGCAUCGCCGGUGCCGUGGUGGCUGCGUGCGCCUCCGAGGAGGUGUACGGGUUCAGCCUGUACCGGACUUUCCCAGACCUGGUGCCGAGCGACAUGAACAGCGUGGAGUUCAAGCGGAUCGCGCAGGUCUACCAAGACAUUAAACCCGGGCAGGGGCGCACGCCGCUGCUGCAGGGCGGAUUCCAGGCGCUGCAGAUCCUCGUCACGCUCGGCAUGGCCAUCGGAGGCGGCCUCGUCACCGGAUUCAUCCUCAAGCUGCCCUUCUGGGGGCAGCCCCCCGAUAAGAACUGCUAUGAGGACAACGUCUACUGGGAGGUCCCUGGGGAGGGGGAGGAGGAAGAGGAACUGGGUUCCGUUCACCAGAAGCUUGGCGGAGAUGGGGAGCAUGCAUAAGAUGAGCACAGCCACCACCACCACCAUUGCCAUUGCCACCACAGCCAACACCACCACCACUGCCACCAUCAUGGCCACCACCAUCGCCACCGCGACCGCGUCCACCACCACCGCCACCACUACCGCCACCACCACCACCACCGCCACCACAACCGUGGCCACCAUAAAUGCCAAGACUCUCAUGCAACGCUCGCCCACAGACCCUUGCCCAUGUGCCUUCCAGCAUCUCAAAACACUCCAACGCCAAGCGAAUUUCCAUAGACUCACCAACAGUCGUAUUCGUCAAUUGGCGUCAACACGUCAUUGGAAUGAAUGAUCAGAUUUUACAAUUUUGCAGCAUUAUCCAGUACCCUGCAGUGUUUAAAGUGUUACACGAAUCGAGGCCGUUUUGCUUUCUGGCAAAAUGUUUUCAAAGAGGAGGUAGGUUUUGUGAAUUAAGAUUGUGUUUUUAAGAUAUUUUUCAUCAUCAUCAACAUCACGAUCAAUUUCCUUCCCACUUACACAUGUGGACAUGUCUUGCAAUGUUUACUGCUUGACAAGUAACAUUUUAAACUUUUUAAAAAGAAAACAUAGUGCACAACAAAUCUAAGGUGGUAGUUUUCAGCGGCUGAAUAGAGUCUAUCAACAAGGGUGCCAUGAAUUAUUUAAUGAAGUUAAAUGAGGCAACGUUUAUUGAAUUAACAAUCGAGUCUCCAAAUUUCGUGCAUCAGCCUAUUCUAACCAAUUAAACUUUUGUACUUCCAUUUUUCAUGCUAUAUUUUACCUUAUUGACCUAUUCUAGCCAACACCACACACAUUUUUGACAAUAACACAGUUCAUGAGAGGCCAGACCCACCCAGCCCUUCUAGCCUAGAAAGCCCAGCCUAAACACCUAAUGCUAGGGAAAACUUUUUUCAGAGGAAAAUGUUUCCUAAUUUUUGUUCUAAUGGGGAGAGAAUUCAAAUAUUACUUUACGCAAGCUUCAUGACACUAGUUUUGUAUUCACAAACGUUCGUGCAUUUGCCACCGAUUUUUGUCCGCACUGACAUGUUGCCCUUGACGACUCUUACCAAUGCCACGUGACUUCAUCCUGCCAAUAACAGCGAUGUUCGCCUGUGCAACAGUCAAACCGUUUUCGCCUUGAUGCUGAACAAGUUGCAUGUUCGCAGAGCCAAAUUCACCUUUAAUUAGGCACUCAUUACAGCCCCUGUAAUACCGAACUACAAAACAAUGAUCACGUGCAGCAUUAUUGCUGAAUAGUUGCACCGUUAAACGUCAGUUUUUAGGCACAUGUUCUUGGGUCUUUCGGUAAAGUCACGUGGAUAGAUAUUAUUGAAUUCCUGCAGUCACGAAAGCUUUAAGUCAAGGUUUUAGGCACAUGCUACAAUCAACCUGUUUCAAUCAUUAUCCUCGUAUCUUUCUGUCCGAAACUAAUAUUCGGUGACCAACUCAACAAAAGUAGUUUUGAAAGAAAAAAAAAACGCUGCGUAACUUUAACAUGACAGGAAAAAAAAAUUGGUUUUGUUUAAAUGCUAUGAUGAAACAAUUUACAGGGUGCAUUGCAGAUUUUGUUUUAUGGUCUAAAUGGGUUUAUUUUUAUUCUCUUCCCGAAUACGGCAUUUGCACUGCCCACAUUCAAGCACAAGCCAUUCCGUACUCGGGGAAAGCCUUAAACAAGGCGGACAACACUUCUGAAUGAAUAUAUUUUCAAAGAAGCGCGUUCCCAUACAACUAAUCCGCCCCAGGCAUUUUUUAACAGAGAUGUCAUAUUUUAAACGUUGCUAUUCUGAAUUAACGCAUUUUAAAAGCGUGUAUGCAUUUUUUACUUAGUGCUUUUGUUCCCUUAUUACUCAGCCUUUUCUGUUAAAAAAAAGCAUCAGCUAUUAAACUACGAUAUAUUAAUAAUGAUAAUUGCGUAACAGCCAUCGCAGCUGUCUUGAGUUUAAGUUAACAUCACUGUGCGCACAAACAGCUUUCACUUGUUGACGCUACCCAACAGGUUUUUUUUUACCACCCUCCUGAAAUAAAGAUGAAGUAGCAAUAAACGGAUUAUCUUUUCAA